AUGUCGGUCGGCGGUCGUGACCCCUCGACCCGCGAGCUGAGCGGCCUUCUGAGCAGCGACGAGAAAUGGGAGGCGACAUGGCGCGACCUGGCCACCCCUGGCUGCCCCAUCCGGACGCUGAAGGUCAUGCACAAUACCGAGGCGCAGGCAGCGGCCACGGCCGCGGCCAUGGCGAGCGGGGGCGGCGUCGCGGCGCUGGAGGUCGGGGAGCUUGGGGAGCGCGGGGCGGCGGCGCUGGCGGAGGCUCUGCAGGUCAUGCCGGCCCUCUCUAGCCUCAAGAUACAGCGCCUCGCCAGCGCGGCCGCCGCCGCCGCGCUCGCGCCAGGCCUCGCCGCAGCUGCGGGCUCGUCGCUCCACGCCCUGUCAAUCGGCGGCGCGUGCGCGCGCGGCGUGGAACGGCUCGCAGACGGGCUCGCCGCGGCCGUGGCCGGUGCCGCGACUGCAAAUGCGGAGCCCCGCAACAGCAACAGCGAGGGCACCAUGCGCGGCGGCGGCGGCUGCGGGUCCCUGCGGCAUCUCGACCUGCAGAGCCCUGACAUCGACGCCGCGGCCGCUGCCGCCCUCUGGCGCGCCCUGACCGCGCACCCCUUGGAACGCCUCUCCUUGGUCGCCCCUAGGGAGGUGCCGCAGACGCCAGGCGCGGCUAGCGGCGGCGGCGGCGCCCCGCAGGCGGCGGCAGCGGCGGUGUCACCGAUCGCCGCGCUGCUCGCGGCGCCGCCGGGGCAGCACCCGUACCCGCGAGAGGUCUCCAUAUCCCGCGCCGCACUGCCGCCCGCGGCGCUCACCGCGCUCGGCGCCGCGCUCGCCGGCGGCGCGGCGCUGCGGCUCGAGGACUGCAGUAUCGGCGAUGCGGGCGCGAAGCUGCUGAUGCGCGCCGCCGCGGAGCGCCAGUGCGGUGGCGGUGGCGGCGGCGGCGGCGGCGGCGCGGCCGCGUUGUCGUUCGAGCGCUGCGGCCUCGGGCCCGCCGGCGCGGCCGCGGCGGCGGCGGCGGCGGCGGGGUGCCCCGGGCUCGCUGAGGUGGCGCUGUCGGGGGAUGACGUCAGCGCAGGGGGCCUGGAGGCAGUCGCGGGCACGCUGGCGGGGCGCGGGGCCCUGCGGGAGCUCGCGGUGGCGCGCGCGGGCGUGGACGGCAUCGGGCCCGGCCUGACGGCGCUGCUGUCCCACCCGGCCUGCGCGCUCGAGGCGCUGUGCCUCGCCGGCAACCGCCUGCCCGACGCCGCCGCCGCCGCGCUGGCCGCCGCGCUGGCGGCCAACACGUCGCUGCGGCGCCUCGACCUGUCCGGCAACUGGAUCGGUGACGGCGGCGCCGCCGCGCUCGCGGGCGCGCUGCGGUCGCACCCGUCCCUGACGAGCCUGCGGCUGGACGGCAACAGGCUGCGAACUGCGGGGGUGGAGGCGCUGAGCGACGCGGCGCUGGCGAACCCGCGUGUGCUCGAGCUCGGCGCCGCGACGACGCGUGUCGUCAGCCGGCUGGCGCGGACGUGUGCGGAGGACGUGCAGCGGGCGCUGCAGCAGCGGCGGGCACGCGCGGCGGCGGCGGCGGCGGCGGGAGCGGAGGCGGCAGGGAGGGGUGGCGGCGGCCGUUGCGCUCCUGAUGCGGAGGUUGGGUCUGAGCCCCUGCUGGGCCAGCCGCCGCAGCAGCAGGUGCAGCAGCAGUGGCGGCGGCAGCAGCAAUUUGGGCAGCAAGUGCAGCAGCAGCAGCAGCAGCAGCAGCAGCAGCAGCAGCAGCAGCAGCAGCAGCCGCAGCAGCAGCGAUGGAUGGAUGACCAGCCCGAGCUGACCCUGACAUCACUUAUUGAGCUAGCCUCACCGACCACUCCCUUUGCUUCUGCGCCCUUCUUGAACCAGCAGCACCAGCAGCAGCACCAGCAGCAGCACCAGCAGCAGCAAAAUCAGCAACGGCAACACCACGCGGGCGAUCAGGGCGCGCCGCACGGCGGCGGUGCGGGCGUCGGGCUGGCCGCCUUGGUGGCGGGCGGCCUGCUAGAGCCCGCCAGCGCGACGUGCCCCUGCCGCGGCGCCCCCCCGUGCGGCGCGUGCGCGGCGGCGCUGCAGUCAAGCCUGGCCGUCCGGCUGCUGGGGACGGCUGCGGGGCGGAGCGUGAGCCUCGACGGCUGGGCCCAAGGGGCGGGGCCCUUCAGCGGCGGCGGCGGCGGCGGUGGCGGCGGGGCGUGCGACGGCGUGGGGCGCCAGCCGAGCCUGUCGGGGUGGGGCGGGAGCACCGGUGGGUCGGGCACGCCACGGCCGCUGCUCGCGCCGAGCGGCUCCGCCAGCCCCGACAGCGGCAGCCCCCGCGCCGCGGCCGGCGGCGGCGCCUUGCGGUCGCCGCUGUGGCGGACCGCCAGCAACGGCAGCAGCGCGGGCAGCGCUCGCAGCAGCCGCGACGGCAGCGAAGGGGGCGGCCUGUGGGUGCGCACGCGCAGCGGCGCCGCCGUUGCGAAGCGCCGCAGCAGCGCUUCUUCUGCCGCCGUGGCCGCGGCCGCGGGCGCGCUCCCGGGCCUGAAGGACGUUGGAGGGCUUCUUCCGCACCAGCCCAAGAGCCCGCCGGUGGUGCAGCAGCAGCAGCAGCAGCAGCAGCAGCAGCAGCGGUCGCGGCCAGGGCCCUCCCGGCUGGCGGCUGUCCGCGGCGCGAGCGGCUGCGGCGCAGGCGCCGCCGCCGCGUCCGCCUUUGCCGCCGCCGCGCCCUCCGCCUUCGCUGCUGCGGCGGAGCUCGAGUUCCCGCGGCUUCCGAGCGGCGGCGGCGGCGGCUGCGGCGGCGAAAGUUCGGCGGGCGGCCACGACGCGGGCCUGCCAGGCGGCGGCGGGGGCGGCUGCGCAGCUAUGGAUGUCGGGGGCGGGGGCGUGCGGCGCAGCGGGUCGAUCGUGCUACUGGAGAAGGGGCUGGGGUCGUUUGUGCACGGCCCUGGCGUGGGGCGCGGCGACAGCAGGCGCAAUCGGCGUGCUUGA